CGUAGGAUCAGAAUCAACGGCUUGGAUAAUUCCCAGCACUUUUUACCUCUUCUUCUUUCCCCUAUUUCAAAUUCAAAUCUCAUCAUCUCUUCAACGGCUAGUUUCUUUUCUUUUUCAUUCUCUUCUCUCUUCUCUAACCCUAUCCCUAAAAUCCACCAUUUUUCUCAUGUACUAACGAUGAAGCACAACGUACAACAACCAAGAAGCACAAUCUUAAGGGAGAAUCACGAAGCGAUGCCGCCGGCGAGUCCAAACCCUAGCUCUACUACGAAGCAGCAGCAGAAAUGGCUGACGCCACCGCCGUACCGAAAGAACAAGUCGUCGUCUAAAGAGAAUGCUAAUCCCAAUUCAGAUCUGAAUUCCUCACCGGCUGUUACCGGUGUGUUAAAAAUGAAGAGUCCGUUACCACCUCGGCACCCUAAUUCCAAUCCUUUAAAGCGGAAGCUCAGUGUUGAAUCGGAGAACGGUGUCACCGUUGCUGCGGGAUCUUCUGACUCUGGCGUCAAAGUUAUAGUGAGGAUGAGGCCACCAAUCAAGGAUGAGGAAGAGGGUGAAACUGUUCUCCAGAAGGUCUCUAAUGAUUCUUUGUCAAUAUCGGGACAUACUUUUACAUUUGACUCUAUUGCUGACACCCAAUCAACACAGCUAGAUAUAUUUCAGCUUGUGGGAGCUCCUCUUGUUGAAAAUUGCCUUGCUGGAUUUAACAGCUCAGUAUUCGCUUACGGGCAGACUGGUAGUGGAAAGACAUAUACAAUAUGGGGACCAGCCAACGCAUUGUUGGAAGAAAACUUGGCAAGUGAUCAACAAGGCUUAACACCACGUGUUUUCCAACGACUUUUUGAACAAAUUGAGGAGGAGCAAAUUAAGCAUUCUGACAAGCAGCUCGUGUAUCAAUGUAGAUGCUCUUUUCUUGAG